AUGUCAGAAGCAACCUCGACUCCUAAGCCCAAGGUCUUUGUCGUCCAUGCUCCCGAUAACAAGGCUGAAGGUACUCUCGCACGGCGUCUGGCAGUCCGACCUCGCCAUCUCGAAGGCGUCAAACCGCUCAUCGAUGCUGGAAUAAUAACCGUUGGAGGGAUGCUCCUCGAUCCAGACGUACCUUAUACUGAGGGCGAAUUGCCGAAAGGAGUGGGAUCGCUCAUGAUCGUCAGAGCCGAAUCGCUCGAGGCAGUCCGAAAGAUAGUCAUAUCGGACGUAUAUUACACUGAAGGCGUCUGGGACCACGAGAGGGUGUCGAUCCAGCCCUUCUUCGUUGCAACCCCGCUCACGUAG